GAAGAGAUUUGGUCGCGCGAAAAGACUGAGCUGACGCAAUAUUUGGUGUGGAGAUAUAUUGGAACAGCAGAUGGGGUUUUCAGACAGAUUCCUGGUGCUGUAUUUCAGAAAAGUUACGAUCCCAGACAAAGACCCUGGUAAGUGAGAACUCUCCUCUUCACCUCUUGAAUCAGGCUCUAUAUGUAACAUCAGAUAGGCCGCUUGAUACUGUUUUAUCAUCCAAAUUUUCGAAAGGCUAUCAUUCCGUCUCCAGUUAGAAUAGACAGAAUCACGGGGCCAAGAUCUCAAUAAGACUCAUCAUAUAAUAGUCAGUAAUCUGCCUGCCUCCCGCGGAGGGAGGUAACGUCGGAGAUAUUCCACCCUUGCGGUUCAGUUGUACUUUAUGAAGCUUGCUUUUUUCGUUUAUUUUUCGAGGUACAGUUGGAAAAUUGUUGAUGUUGUCUAUAAUAGGCCAAUUUGUGUGACCGCAGUCCUCACUGGAGCUUAUGUUGACUCAGCCCAGGCUGUUAUUAAGUCGCCCCGAUCUGAACCAGGACUAGUUUAGGGCAGACGACGCUAACACUGCGUUUUGCAGGUGUCCUUUUCCACCUUUUUAUCAUCCUCUGCUGAUGGUUUAGUGUUUUAACGAUAUCCAGUUUUCUUGCCCAGGUUGGCGUGAGGAAAACUGAUUAGUAGUGCCUGAAUGUGCACAGUUCUCUUGACAAAAGUUGUUGAUCGUGCGGGAUUCAUUACGACUUCCAGUGGUUGUUUUUUUUUUCCCUGCUCGAUGGUGAAGCUGAUGCUGGCAUGCUUUUCAUUGAUGUGAUAGAAAAUCAUCUUUUACUUGUCUUGUUCACAACUCCGGUUUAUCUAUCCUUGCUUUAAGACUUUUCCAUUGAAGAUUUCCACUAAUAUUGGGUACUUCGGGGAAACCCUAGCCAUACUUUAGGUUUGUUCAUUGACUCGAUUGCACUGCUUGUAACAGUAACGUUGUGGCUUUGUAUAGCAGCAAAACGGUUCUUUUAAACAUAAACAAACGAUAGUUUAAUCCAAUUAAGUCACUUGACUGAAAACUCCUAUACAAGAUCGCGAGCAAGUGUAAAACCUGGCACUCCAUUGGAUAACAACUAUCACUUGACUUUACAGUUUCAUACAUCCACGACCAGCCAUAUCAACAAUACCAUAUAAUCAAAGUGAUCAAAAAGGGUAAUUUUUUUGCUUGGGUGUCACUGGUUAACUGGGCGGCGAUAUCAUAUGACGUCUAGAUAUCGCCAUUAUCGAGUGUACUCUUUCUAGUCAUGUCCACGAGGUUCAGUGUUGGAGGUGUUUAUUUUUUUGGUCACCUUGCCCCACCCACAGGUUCAGAAACGGUGGGUGAUCCUAGGGAGAGCUAAUAGAUCUCUAUUUAAAUCGUCUCCCCGGAGACGACGGCAAGCAUCUUCAUGGUUUUAGGAGUUCUGUAGAACCGCCGGUGGCGUCUAAAGUAGGGAAUCUCUUUAUUCUUGGCAGAUAUCCCUGGAUUAUGUUGUCCUUCAUUUAAUGUGGCUUUCAGUCUCCUCUCGUGCAGGUGACCUUUCAGGUUGAGAACUGUAGGAGUGCAAGUGUUCUUAUGUGGAGUUGGCAGUUUCUGGCGUUCUGAGACACACUCAUGCUUGGCCAAAACAACAAAGGCUUUCAAUUUGUCAGAAGAAGGAAUGAAAUGUCCUUAAUUGGGCGCUUGGGUAUUUCAUCUCUACUAAAACUGAACUUAGAGUGCUAAGAAUUGGAAAAAAAGGACCUGGUCUCAAAGAUAUCGCAUCCUAACUGCUCUAUGUUUUGACGCAGGGCUUUUAUGGCACUUACAAUCGACAAUCUGUCGGGAUAUUGUUGGCAGCGAUUACGAAGUUUAAACCUUUCGAAAGGACUUUUAUUUCACUGCUACUGAGUUUUCAUAAUAGUGCAGAGAAAGAAAGAAAAAGAAAAAAGCAUCUCACAUAAAGUUCACUUUAAUUGCGAAAUCAUCGGUCAAUCUUCCAGGCAUUCCAUUUCAGACUAACGAGAAUCCACGUGAUUGAACAAGACGCAAGGACAAUAAUAAUAAAUAAAUAACGAUACAUGCAAUACGUUAGUUUAGAGGAAGGAGAGAGGAAUACAGAGGGAAACGAAAGACGUCGAAGGGGCAAGGACGAAAGCGAGAACCAGCAACAAACUCAACAACCUUUGAGAUUCGAAGCCAGGCUAUUUUGAUGAGAGGCAUGUGCUGUCAGUUAUACAUGUACGUCACCACAUCCUAUGGAAGUUGCAAUGCUGAUUCUGUCCCAAACUAUUUUAUGGGUGCUGAUGAUUAACAAAAAAUAUUUUAGGUGUAUAUGCCGUCUAUCCUUGGCCUAAUUGUUAUUUUCUUUAGUUUUUGGAUGUGGUAAUGGUAAAAAUUAAAUUUAAACCAAGAUUAAAAUUUUUGUUAUUCAUGAUUUGGUUCACUUAGGUAUUAUUCGGCUUUGGGUAACACUGGCCUUCUCACUCUCACGACCCCAUAUUUGGACGCUGGCCAACCUAAUGGCAGAGGCGCUGGAGUGAUUAUAACUGUCGCCCGCUCCCUAUACAGCGGGGAGUCAAGUCACCAUCAUCACACAAAUGACGAGGUUCUUGGGGUUAUGGGAGCUGAUUUUUCAUUGGCCUAUUUCUACAGGUUAGUCCAAGCUUACACAAGCUCAUUGGAUUUAGGGAAUGUCCAUUUUUGUCAUGCUGUUGGACCAAAAACUGAUUACAAAUAAUGAAAUAAUUUAAGAAAUGUUUUAUUUCACUAAAAACUGAAAGCGAAAUAAUAUUACAUUCUUAUGACACAUUUCUUGGUCUUAAUUUGUUUGGCUGGACACAGACAAAAAAAAAUAAAAAAUUAGACGUCCUAUUAUUUGGUCGUUAUUAGAUAAAUAUUUAUAUGUAUCAAUUUUUAUGAAAUCUUCAGGCAGUUUAAUGGUUUAGUUAAUUAUUAUUUGCCUCAGCAUUUUGGAUGUUUGUGAUUUUCCGCUGCUAUCAACUAAACAUUUGCCUUUUUAGAUUGCUCACUAAAGUAUAUCCAAAGUGCAGAGAACGAAAAUUCUAUUCUUGCUUCGUUAUGGACAGCGCUGGAUUCCUUAUCAUGCACGAGGACUUCCUUGAACAUUCCGAAAUUGCCCAAGACUUGGAAUAUGUUCAUAUUACUAAUAAAGAAAAGAAUAUUGCGGAACAUCUCAUUACAAAUGGCUACUUGAAAAAACGGGAAUGCCGCAAUCUUAAAGAAAUCCAGAAGCAGAGUUUUUAUGAGGUUGAUUUGCCAUAUGGAGGAGUUGACGUUCUAAAGAAUGGAGACAGCUGCAGUAAAUACCAACUCAACAAAAUUGUUGGAACUAAUGCUUACUUAGGUUUGUAAGUGAUUUUGUAGUCUGUGUAUGACAGUGGUGCUUGCACUCAGACGGUGACUGGAAUAUCUCGGUCUAGCUUUCAAACCAGUCAGAAAAAUAGCAAAUCCCAAGGGGACAAGUAGACUUUCUUAAAAGUCCUUAAUUUUUUUUUUCUGUUCGUCCUUGCGACCUCGUCGCGCGUUCGGUUGCUGCUUGACCUCGUUGAAGCUCGCUUUGCUCGCUAAAAACCAUAUGAGAGAUCGACUUGUGGCAAGUCUAGGAGAUAAGGUACUACACGUUUUUUCAGAGCUAAUCACAAGUAGCCCAAGCUCGAAAUAUGAGCAUCGGCGAACAUCGGCAUUGUUGCGUAACAUUCAAAAUAUAAGGAUUUGUAUGGGAAAAAAACCUAUCGUUUCUGUAACCUACGAAUUUGAAAGGAUUUCAAUAAAAAAACAGCUUACCUUACUUAAAAUGUGUGUUACGUCUCUCCUGUGUGGUCCACGGGCCGAUUAAGGUUGGAGACUCCAGCGAAGCGGCCCGACGGAUCCACCGAAGGAGAACGGCCGUAAAUUCGCUCUAACGGCUUCAGUCGCCUCCCAAUUCCGACUAGAUAACACGCGAUAGUUCUGCUUUCCAUUCGUUAUUUUUCUUGAAGAUGCCUUUGCACCGAGAGCGAAUCAAAGGUCGUCUAUCUUUGCAACCUUUCCUGUCUAAAGCCAUCGACAGAACCUUGGUUUGAACUUCGCGUUACCGUUGAAAGAUAACGACACAGCCUGAGACUCAAAUUACUCACACUCGGUAGACUACGAGCAGUCUCUCUUUUUUCUGUAGUCCGUCGAGCAAAACGCGAGACACGCAAAUGGCCACGCGCGUGACUGAUGGCGCGAGACGGGAGAGGCUGCCGCCCUCGUUUCGCGCGUCUCGCGGCUUCGCCGCUCCCGCGCGCGUGCAUUGCUCUCACUAAAUCUGAAGAAAACGAGAGACUGCUCGCAGUCUACACACUCGGGGUGGGAGACAGUCUCUUACUCCCGUUGUUUUCUUUCUUGGGUAUUGAUGUCAACGGAAGCAAGGGACUGUCUCCCACCCCGAGUGUGGGUAAUUUGAGUCUCAGGCCGUGUCGCUAUCUUUCAACGGUAACGCGGAGUUCGAACCAAGGUUCUGUCGAUGGCCUCAAACGGGAAAGGUUACAGAGGUAGACGACCUUUGAUUCCCUCUCGGCGCAAAGGCGUCUUGAAGCAAGAUAACGAAUAGAAAGGAGAACUAUCGUGCGUUACCUAGGCGGAAUUUGGAACACACAUUUUAAGUAAGGUAAUAUGUUUUUAUUGAAAUUGUUUCAUUUUCGUAGGUUACAGAAACGAUAGGUUUUUUUCCUUUACAAAUCUUUAUAUUUUGAAUGUUACGCAACAAUGCCGAUGUUCGCCGAUGCUCAUAUUUCGAGCUUGGGCUACCUGUCAACUAAUUACCAGAUAUACUUGAACAGGCCUUUUGCGAUAGUUAGUCACGUGAUGAAUUUUCUGUAAACAUGAAAACAGAUCGCUUUUGGAAAAUUUUGUUAGCAGUAAGUGAAAGAGCAUAUUAAAAGUAAAUAACCUGUGAAUCUUCAGUCAUAUAUCUCAAAAGGAGGAUUUGUAUGAGAAAAAUCAUGCUUUUGCCACCCAGUCACGCCUGAGUGGUGUCCUAUACAAAUCCUUGUAAAUUUCGACAUUUUUUAACUGUCGUUAAAUCUUUCUCUAACGCAUUUAAGGGCUCAAAUUGCUUCCAAUGAAUAAAAAAGAGAUUUGAGCCCCAUAAUGCUCAAAGAAAUAUUUUACAACAGUUUGAAAAUGUCCAAAUUUACAAGGGUUUGUAUGGAAAACCACUUAAAAAAAAACACGAUUUUUGGUACCAGAAAUUCCAUGAUGAUGUGGACUAGAACCAACACCCCCAUCUCGUCUACUACACACAUUGGCUUUGAGGGCAAUGACUCCUGCAACUGGGACUUUUGUAUUUUUCCAACUGCGAUGAAGAACUAGUCAGAAGCUAGGACUAUUGCUAUUUUUUUUUAGACUUGCCCUUAAGGAGGGCAGCAAGAGUCUUUUGUAGUUUCCCAUCUUAACAUGACUCCGUAAAGCGACAGAGGUAGCGAGGGAAAAAGUGAUCAAAUCAAAUUGUAUUGUUCUAAGUACCAAAGGACUGGAAAGUGUUACCCACUUAAGAGACGUAUUUUUCCCCAGGAGUCGCUUUGCGGGAUUCAAUUUGUGCUGCUGAAUCAUGUACCUGUUCUUCAAAUAACGAGUGUUUCCGUCCACCCACAAAGUGUGAAUGUCCGUGUACCUCUCCACUCAAAUUUGAAUAUUGCCAAAGUCAGUUCCCAAACAGCAGGUGAGUUUUGACUCCCCAGCAGGCCACUAAUGCAUUAGUACAUAAUUUAAGUUCAAAUGUAACAAAAAAUUACACACAACAACAUACAUACAUUGCAUGCAAAAUGGACUCAACCGUAUUAUUUUGUAAAAGUUACAAUUAAUUCUUCUAACAGUACAAUCACUUUAACAGGGGCCACUUAAACAAAACUUUGUGUAGCAUAGAUUUGUUUUUACGUCUGUUCAUUUGCCUUUGAUGCCAUCUCAUUGUCUUUCAGUCUUCUGAUCUGCCCAGCUCUAGCUCCUAAGUCACAACAAACAAACAAUCCCAGCCUACUCCACUCUGGAAAGACGUGUCAUGACCCUAAACUAUCGUUAGACAAGUGCUUUGAUCCUCACUGCAGUGAAAGAAACAGCUCUCAGACGUGCGAGGGAAUAGUCAGCUGUUACUGGUGUGUGUACAAUAAAGACAACGUCCCCUUAAAGAAGCCGUAUUGUGCAAGUGCCGAUGUCUGCUUUAGAGGAAAAGAAGGUUAG